AUGGGAUCUCGAUUGAAGAAGAAUUUCAAUAAAAUCUUCCCAACAGAGAUAAUCUCAGAUAUCUUAACUCGUUUACCCACAGAAUCAGUGUUAGAAUGUAAGUUGGUCUGCAAAACAUGGAUGAAUCUCAUUCAACAUUCAUCAUUUCCCCAAAUGCAUCUGUCUCGUCUCAAUCAUCCGGAUUCAACUGAAUCAGGUAAGUUAAGAUAUGUUUACUUGAAAUCAGAUGAUGAUGAUGAUGAUUAUGAUCGUAAUAACCAUCUUUCAUAUUUUGAAUUUAAUGAUAUUGAGGAUUGGAAUUAUGUGAAACCCAUUUACAGAAAAAUCAUUUUCAGAACUAAAUGUGAAGCUUACAUCAUUAUUGGUUCGUUAAAUGGUUUGGUUUGUAUGUAUGGAGCUCAACCUGAUAUACCUGAUACUAGAGGACCUGCUAUUGUUUUCAAUCCAGUGACAAAAGAAUACGUUGUUCUUCCAGAAUUUAAAACUUUUCCAGAAUAUGAGACCAAAGGUUUAAAAUCAAUUGAACAUUUUCAUGAGGCAUGUGGAUUUGGUUACCUUGCUUCCACUAAUGAAUACAAAGUUGUUAGGAUUUACACAGUACGGGGAGCACUUAAUUCCGUAGAGGUCGAGGAGUACGCUGUGGGAAGUGGUAAAGGAUGGAGACAUGUUGGAAAGUUUGAUUUUGGUUUUAGAUUUUACGCACAUCCUGAGCAAACACAUGGUGUGUUUCUGAAUGAAUGUCUUCAUUGGAGGGAUUCUAUAGGACGAAUGGUUCUGGUAUUCGAUCAGGCCAAUGAAAAGUUUCGUGACCGUAUUCCGCCACCUCCUAUGCUUACGGAGACCGAUGAUGAUAGUGGUGACGAUGGGUGA